AUGAACAAGGCCGGCGACGAAGAAGACGAAGACGAGUGUUUCUACGAGUCUCUCGAUCGCUUACAAUCCUCCGCCACCAGUUCUCGCUCUUCCUCCUGUGCUUCAGACGACGACGUCGAAGACAGAGAUCAGAACUGGAUAUUGAAUUCUCCAAAUUAUGCUAACUCGGACCAUCUAUCAGUGCCCAAAUUCCCAAUGGGCGUGUCCAACAACUAUCAUGUCUGGAUAUCCGAACCUUCGCUCUCCGUCGAAGAACGCCGAAUGCGACUCCUCCGCCACAUGGGACUCAGCGGCGAUUUCACUCUUUCCCGCAAAAAAACCUCUCUGCCUGACGGCAGUUGUGGUGGUGAAAAGAUGCGCGGCGGAGAGUUUGACAGUUCGCUUUCAUCAGAUCACUUGAACCCUAGUCAAGGGAAUGGUCAGGUUUUUUCCUCUAACGAUUUCAAUUCUAGCCCUGGGAUUGUCCUUUCGAGGUCGGACAGUCCCACGGAUCAUAAUCAGUGUAAUUCUAACUCGUUGUCAGUUAAUUCCUCUGAAAUUAUUUCAACUAAUUCAAUUUCAUCAUCACAAACGGUCAAUGAGACUUGUGGCGGCGGAGUAUUCGUAAAUAAUGACAAUCGAGAUCGUAAUCAAAAUGUUGCUCUUGUUAAAUCGCGAAGUGGAAAUGGAUCGACAAUUAGUAAUGCAAUCUCUUCGCCAAAUAAACCUCCCUUGAGGAAAAAUAUUAGGCGGGGUGAUGAGAUUAGAACCGAUUACACUCGUUUGAAUCUAAAUGCGAAUUUCGAUUCCUUGGCUGUUUCAGGGAAUGGGGAGGUGGAGUGGGGUUUGGAGUGUAAUCCAAAUGGUUUGGUUGAUGAUCAGGUGUGUCUAAUUAAAAAUCUUGAUAAUGGGAAGGAGUUUGUUGUGAAUGAGGUGAGAGAGGAUGGGAUGUGGGACAAACUUAGGGAAGUGGGUACUGGGAAGCAGCUGACUAUGGAAGAGUUUGAGAUGUGUGUUGGGCAUUCGCCACUUGUUCAAGAAUUGAUGAGGAGGCAGAAUGUGGAGGAUGGGAAUAAGGAUAAUAUGGAUUCAAAUGCAAAUGGGAGUGGAUCUAAGUCAAAGAAAAAAGGUAGUUGGUUGAAGAGUAUAAGGAGUGUGGCUAGUUCAGUCACUGGCCUUAAAGAGAGGCGGAGCAGCGAUGAGAGAGAUACCUCAUCAGAGAAAGGUGGUAGGAGGUCAAGUUCUGCUACGGAUGAUAGCCAGGAUAUUUCGAUUCAUGGGUCGGAAAGAAUUCGGGUUCGACAUUAUGGGAAGUCCUUUAAAGAGUUAUCGGCACUUUAUAAGAGCCAGGAAAUGCAGGCGCAUAAUGGGUCUAUUUGGACUAUUAAGUUUAGCUUGGAUGGCAAGUAUCUAGCAAGUGCCGGUGAGGACUGUGUCAUUCAUGUGUGGGAGGUUGUGGAAUCGGAGAGGAAGGGUAAUUUGUUGAUAGAUAAACCAGAAGAUGGGAAUUUGAGUUUUUUAUUUCUCGCUAAUGGGUCACCAGAGCCAACUUCACUGUCAUCAAAUCUAAAUGGGCAUCCGGAGAAGAAGAGAAGGGGAAGGUCAUCUAUUAGCCGGAAAUCGGUGAGCUUGGACCAUGUUUUGGUACCAGAGACUGUGUUUGCGCUUUCAGACAAGCCAGUCUGUUCAUUCGAAGGACACCUUGAUGAUGUGCUUGACCUGUCCUGGUCCAAGUCCGAGGUUAGAUAG